AACCCUUUUGCGUCGUCCCCUCGAGGAAGGUCAGAAGCUCCUCCUCUGUCACUCCAAUGGCGUCUUCGAAGGUCCUGUCGAGAUUAUCUUCCCGAUUACAGCCCCUCUCUCUCAGGCUCGGCAAGCCCGCGCUUUCGCCAUCUCCUCUCCAUUCCCAGGGCCCUUCUUCUUCGAGGCGCAUUUCGCGGGCAAUCUCUCGAUUACCGACGGAGUUGAGCUGCGUGGCGUCUAUGAUGCCGCUGCACAGCGCUAUUGCAUCCGCGAGGCUGAGAUCGAGCUUGGCUAUGGAGUCACAGAGCUGGGGAAUAGUUCCUCAAGGUAUCUCGAUGCCUUUAUAGCACUACCAAACUGCUGCAGAUCGUGAGGUGCCCAAAGUUUCUGCUGGAUGAUAAGACUGAUGAACGUUGAAGUUUCUUUUGUUCAGAUGAGGAAUUUUGGACCAUAUUAAAUAAUUCUCCAUCAGCCUUUAGGAGCUUCUGCUCUUUUUCUUUCUGCUAUCUUCUUGUUUAGAAUGUUCUUUGCUUAGGAGGCUAAGAUGCACGAUGAAGGAUUGGAUAAUCUAUGCCGGGGCAAACAAGUUAGUCUGUCCCUUUGUUACUCAUUUUGUUUAGGCGAUAGCAAUGGCAUUACUCUUUCUGAUAGGAAAACAUGGUGGUAGUUUCAUGUGUUUCUUAACUGAAUUGAUUGGAUUUAAAUUCUUUCUUUUAGGCCAUCUUGUGUUACGAGAGAAUGGAACGAAAUCACAAAACA